UGGCCAGCACUGGGAAGGCGUGGCCCGGCCGCCGCCGCCGCGGGAGCGGGCGCGAUGGGCCCGGGCUGGCGCGCGCCGUCGGCGGCGCUGGUGGGCGGCAGCCUGGCGCUGUUCGGGGGGCUGCGGCGGGCGGCCCUGGCCGUGCCCCGGCCCGCCGCCGUCCGCAGCCGCCCCGGCCGCGCCUGGCGCUGGCGGAACCUCCUCGUCUCCUUCGCACACUCCGUGCUGGCCGGGCUGUGGGCCCUCCUCAGCCUCUGGCACUCCCCGGAGCUGCUCUCCGACAUCCAGGACGGCUACAGCGUCUCAGGGCACCUGCUGAUCUGCUUCUCCGCAGGCUACUUCAUCCAUGACAGCCUUGACAUCAUCUUCAACCACCAGUCCCGCUCCUCCUGGGAGUACCUGGUGCACCACGCCAUGGCCAUCUCUGCCUUCAUCUCACUCAUCAUCACGGGCCGUUUCCUGGUGGCAGCGAUGCUGCUGCUGCUGGUGGAGGUGAGCAACAUCUUCCUCACCAUCCGCAUGCUGCUGAAGAUGAGCAACGUGCCUUCCCCGGCGCUCUACGAGGCCAACAAGUAUGUCAACCUGGUGAUGUACUUCAUCUUCCGCCUGGCGCCGCAGGCUUACCUCACCUGGUACUUCCUCCGCUACGUGGAGGUGCAGGGCCAGGGUGCCUUCCUCACCGCCAACCUCCUGCUGCUCGACGCCAUGAUCCUCAUGUACUUCUCCCGCCUUCUCCGCUCUGAUUUUUUCCCCUCCCUGCGCAAGAGCUCUGCGGGGAGAGAUGUGGAUGGUGAGAAGUUUCUGAUAGACUGAGAUGUGUGUGCUGAGGGGGACCCAGGCUCCAGCUCCUGGACGUCUCAGCCUCUCCAAACCUGCUCUGAUGUGCCUUAGGGCUCGCUCCCCGGCCCCGGGCCCUGCCUUCACCCGCUCUGCUGCCUAAAAGCGCUUCCCUGCCCGACCAGCCUGACAGCCUCGCCGAGCCACAGGGACACCACUGAAGCCAGGGGCACGGCCGAUGGAAAAAGCAGCCCAAGCCAGCUUCUGCACAGGCAGCUGGAGGGCCAGGGGUGGCUGCGUUUCACAGCUGAUGGCAUGAGAGGGUUACGAGGGAAGGGACGAGUCCCUCCUGCGGUGAUGCUGGGUGUUAGGUGCAUUAAAAUCAGUCUGUUUACUGCUGCCGCA